UUUCGUUUUCUUUUCUUCGUUUGGACGCUGUGUUGUUUUCAGUACAGAGAAGAAACAUGGCAGGUUUGGAGGUGUUGUACACCUGUGUCGCAGAUAGCAUUAGCUGCCCUCAGGACGCUGUCGUGUGCUUCGUUCACUGGGAAAUGAUAAAGAAUGAGUACAGGUGCAUCGGAUCUGGAGACGAACCUCGCAGCAGUGACAAGAAGUCAGAGCUGCUGCCUGCUGACUGGAACAGCAACAAGGAGCUGUACAGCCUGAGAUAUAAAGCCAAGGACACAGACACUCCAGUGUUACUGAAGGCCAUCGCUGUGGACUCCGCGCUGAUCUUCAACCUGAUGGACUCCAGCACGCAGCAGGUGUCGGACUUGACCGUGAACGUCAGCGACCACGUCAACGUCGACCAGAUGCGCACGUUUGACGGCGUGUUCAAGGACGCAGACAGUUUGUCACAGAGUGUGAAGACUCAGCUGCUGCCCGCCAAGAGGACGCAGACCGAACAGAAAGCAGAGAGGAAGAGCAGGAGGGACGAGGAAGAGGAGGCACAAAGGAGACAGGAGGAGAACAAUGACCCCCUCCGCAUGCCCAGCAGACACCCCAGCCAGGGAACACGCCCUCACUGGCCUGACUCUUUAGAUCCUCCAUUUGCAGCCGGAGGAGCUGAUCUGGAUCCUUUUGGGUCUCGUGGUGGUGGCGGGAUGAUAGUUGACCCGCUGAGGUCGGGGUACCCUCGCGCCGGCUUCGACCCAUCCAGCGGCAUACCAGACAUCCUGCCUCCAGGAGCCGUCCCCCCGGGAGCUCGCUUCGACCCGUUUGGACCCGUCGGACGUCACAGACCGGGGCCUGAUCCCGACCACAUGCCCCCGCCUGGAUACGACGACAUGUUCAUGUAGCACCAGCAACAUUUCCUGCUAACGCCUCCCCUGAAAACUGAUCCAGUUUAAACAAACUUUGUAUUUUCAUCCUUUUUAUUUCCUCGUGUCUCAUCUGAAAUAAACUCCUGGAUAAAAAUACACAAAACAA